AUGAGAUCUAUACAUGAAGCUUAUUCCAAGAGUUUAGCAUCCUUGAGCGACUCCCAAAGAAGAAACAUGAGAAUGAAAGUAUAUCACGAAACUAUUGAGAUCGUCCGACAAGGUAGAUACCCCUUACCAUCAGGUAUUUUUGUAGAUCUAAUCAAAGAUCAAGACAGAGAAGCAUUACAAAGAAACAUGCAAAUCAGCCACCCUUCAGAUCUAACUCUUCCUCCAUUUCAAAUGACAAAUACAAGAGUAAUUGUUUAUGAUGGAGACUGCAUAGAAGCAGGAAUUCAGAUGAAAAGGCUUGGCUUUAACCCUGUGAUUCUUAAUAUGGCCAAUACAAGAACUCCAGGCGGUGGUGUCACAUCUGGUGCAGGCGCCCAAGAAGAAAGUAUUUUUAGAAGAACUAAUUAUUUCCAGCAUUUGAAGGACAAUCUUGCUGUUAGAUAUCCUAUUAGUCUAACUGGCGCAGUCUAUUCCCCAGAUGUUGUAGUCUUCCGUGAUACAGAAGCAAGCCAAUACAGCCUAUUUGAAGAGCCUAUCAACUUAAGUUUUAUUGCAUGUGCAGCCUUAAGAAACCCAGACUUAGCAAAUCAGCAUUAUAAGCCGAAAGACCUUGAAACAAUGAGACACAAAAUAAGGGCUAUUUAUUCACUUUCUGCGGCAAAUAUGCAUAAUUGCUUAAUUUUAAGUGCCUUUGGAUGUGGAGCAUAUAAAAAUCCACCUAUAGAAGUGGCAAGGUUGUUUAGAGAACAGCUGGAAACGUCUGAAUUUCAAGGAAGAUUUGAAAGGGUUAUUUUUGCAAUUUUUAACGACCAUAACUCACAGAGGCAGCAUAACCCACAAGGCAAUAUAAAGCCUUUCAGCGAUAUUUUCGAGACACCAAUUGUCGAUUUAAAUCAAUUAAAUUAA